AUGUUAGAAACUACAGGAAAGAUUGACUUCACCUACAACGGGGAGAUAUUUCAGACCUGGUACAAGGUCGUCGGUGGCCUCAAGUCAGGCGGGCGCCCUCUCAUUGUCCUCCAUGGCGGCCCCGGUGUGUCCCACCACUAUAUGCUUCCUCACGAUGCCCUUGCUGCAUCCCACAAUAUCCCUGUUAUCUUCUAUGACCAGAUCGGCAACGGUGAAUCUUCUCAUCUCCCCGGAAAACCCAAGGAGUUCUGGACAAUUGACCUCUUCAUUGACGAGCUCGAGAAUGUGUUUGUGUACCUUGGAAUACGGGACGACUUUGACAUGCUCGGUCAUUCGUGGGGCGGCAUGAUGGCCACCCAUUACGUCGCUCACAGACAGCUGGUCGGGCUGAGGCGCCUCGUGCUCGGCGGCAGUGCACCAUCGAUGCAGCUUUGGCAAAUGUCCAUGUCGAAGCUGGUAGCAGAGAUGCCGGAGGAGUUUAGGGAGACUGUCAAGAAGCACGAGGAAAACGGCACUACGGACAGCCCAGAAUUUCAGCUGGCCAGGCUGGCAUUCUACAAGAAGCAUCUUUUCUUGCUCAACGACUGGCCUGAGGUUUUGGCCAAGGCUUACACCUCCCUGAGCCAGAACCCAACGGUGUAUCAUGCGAUGAUGGGGCCUUCAGAGUUCACAAUUACGGGAACGCUGAAGACGUGGUCUGUCGUGGAUAGGUUACACCUUAUGUCCGUUCCAACACUUUUGAUCAACAGCGCACAAGAUGAGGCACAGGACGUGUGUGUGUCUCCCUUGUUCAUGAAGAUCCCGCACGUGAAGUGGGUGCAGCUAUCUCGCAGUUCCCAUAUGCACUUUAUGGAAGAGCCGGAGCGGUAUUUCUCUAUCUUGGGGGAAAUUCUCACCAACUAG